AUGCCAAAAGAGACGAAAGAGAAGAAAGAGAAACACAAGCGUCGUGCAGAACUUGGAACAUUAAGCGAAAGGUCAGGAGGAGGAAUGACUGCAGAAAGCGGUCAAACUAGACUCGGCACGUUAAAUGAACGGCUGGGAAUAACGGCAGACCCGCCGCCACCAAUGAUUACAAUUGACAUUCCGUUAGAGUAUCCAGAAAACAACAUUGUAUACUUUCCAGACCUGCUAAAAGAGGCUGGUGUGUGGCCUCCCACUCCACCACGACACGCUGGAACUGACUCAGAUUCCGACUCGUCAGAAGGCGUAUCCGACGGCUAUCAAACACCCGACAGAAAUUCUCCGUCACCGAGUUCAACCCCGCCGCUUCCACCUCCAGAUUCCUCCCUUGAAAGCGAACAGUUUUUUCAACAAAUUCUGCAGAAUGCUGAAGCAAAUGCUAGAGCGGAUAAGGAGGCCAAAUCAACUCGUAGUAGAAAAAAAACUUCACGAGAGGAAAAUUAUGAUACUUCUGAUCCAUUCAUUGAUGACAGUGAACUGGCUCCGGCGCAGCUCUUUACUGGGGAAGUUCGUCCUUCCGUGGAGGGAUUUUUUGUUUGGAAAGGGCCGUUGGUUACCGAUGCUUCAGAUGGUGAAGACUCUCAUGACAAUAAAAAAUCAACCUUAAAGAAAAGAUCAGCUGCGGUUGAUAAGAAACCUCGGAAAAGGAAGGUUAAUAACAACACAAGUGCAGAAGACGAAAAUGUCACUACGAAUACCACUGCUACAUUAAAACCAGCCUUAAAACCAGGACCAAAACUAAAAAAGAGGGCUGAAAUCUCAGAUGUCAAUAACAAUAAUAAUGAAACUCCAGCUGCUAAAAAGCGGGCAACGAUUGACGAUAACGAUCAAACAUCGACUUCAAAAAGUAUGAAAAGUGCACCAGAAUCAUCUGUUUCUACAAAUCCUUUCCGCACUCCACCCCCUCCUCCAAAUAGAAAUGGUACUAUUGCCUUUAUUGUCAAUCCUGUUCCUCCUAUGAAAGAAGAACCUGUUAUUACAAUAACUGAUAAGGCUGCAAUAACACCACCUACAGUUAUGAGAUAUGUUCCAGAAGCUAACAAAACACCUGGUAAAUCGCAAAAAACCUAUCACGUAGAUCCGAUCAAUCAUGAAGUACAAUUGGCAGUUGAUUUGUUUAAAGUCGAAAUCGCAAAAGAGUCUUUUGCCGUCAAGAACAGAUUUCCUCCUAAUCUCAAGCCGCAUCUAUUGACUACAAUUACAAGGGCAUAUGAACUGAAUGAAUUCAACGAGAAUUUCUUUAAAAUACUUACUAAUGCGUUACCUUAUAACAAAUUUACAGUGACUCGACUGUGCAAAAGAACACUUUAUCCUAACAAGAUCACUGAACUUGAGCAACAAAGAGAAAGGUUAUUUAAUGAUCUUAGGGUCGAAUUAAAUAAGAUCAUGCCAGGAAUAUUAGCUCAAUAUGAAUUGAUGAUAAAAGCUGCCGACGAACACGCCGCAGCAUCGUCAGGCGCACAUACAGACGGAGAUAUUGAAAUAUCGUCGUGGACGCCGGCGACUAAAAAUCUGGUAUGGAAAAUUAUACAAUUGGAAAUGGACAUUACUUUAAUGAGGAACGACUUGAUGGAGGCAGAAGAUAAAACAGACCGCUUGUCUGAACACACAACACGCAAAUUAUUAUAUCAAAAACUUGUGGCUUGUUGGCCACCAGAUUGGAUGUCUACUCAAGAAAUUUCACGUAUGUAUAGUGCAUUAAAACUUGCUUCGAAACGUACAACAACAAAGAAGACUAGUAAUAAUAGCGGAAAUGAUUAA